GUUAGUGAAAACGGAGGGAAUUGGAGUAUGGGACGAAGGCAACUGGUGUGUCUCGGGCGUGUGCUGCUCAAGAAAAGUAAGAUUUUAGUACUCGACGAAGCUACCGCGUCGGUCGAUACAGCCACCGAUAAUCAUAUUCAGACAACCUUAAAGGAUCACUUCGACUGUACAGUUAUAACAAUCACCCACCGGAUAACUUCCGUCCUCGAUAGUGAUAUGGUUCUGCUUCUAAAUCAGGGAGUUAUUGAAGAAUAUGAUUCUCCCGCUAGCUUACUGGAAAACAAGUUUUCAUCAUUUGCACAACUUGUAGCAGAGUACACUAUGGGAUCAGAAUAAACCUACGAGUUCACUCAUUCUUCCAAAUGGUUCCGAAACUACAAUGCAUC